UUUAUAGAUCGGUCAUGUGAAAAGAAAGAAUGGGAAGGCUAUUUGUGAUCACCCUUGAAGGGAACGUUUAUAGCUGCAAACAUUGCCGUACCCAUCUUGCUCUCUUUGAUGACCUUAUUUCUAAGUCUUUCCACUGCAGACAUGGAAAGGCCUAUCUCUUUGAUAAGGUUGUGAAUACCACAGUAGGAGAGAAAGAAGAGCGCAUUAUGAUAACCGGAAUGCAUACCGUCGUCGAUAUAUUUGUGUUGAGUGAGGCUCAAUUGUGGGAUGGAAAUAUGUAAGAACUGUUUUUCUCA